CUUCCUUCUUUCCUUCAUUUUCUUUCCUUUCUCUUCCCUUCCUCCCUCCUCCUUUCCUCCCUCCCUUCCUUCCCCAGCUGGAGAGGCAAUCCAGGGGCAAUCCAAGGGGAGGCCAGACCCAGAGGAGGAGGCCCUGCAUCCCUCCCUGCUUCCAUCCUCCCGCACGAUGCCCAGCUCCUUGUUCGCGGAGAUGGAGCGGAAUGGGAGCGUUGUGGGAGGCGUGGGAGGCGAGACCUUGGACGACCAGCGCGCCCUCCAGAUCGCCCUGGACCAGCUCUCCCUGCUGGGCUUGGACAACGACGAGGCCGCCUCCCUCUACGACAACGAGCCCAGGAAGAAGAGCGUCAACAUGACCGAGUGCGUCCCGGUGCCCAGCUCCGAGCACGUCGCCGAGAUCGUCGGCAGGCAAGGUUGUAAAAUCAAAGCACUCCGGGCCAAGACCAACACCUACAUCAAAACCCCAGUCCGCGGGGAGGAACCGCUCUUUGUGGUGACAGGCAGGAAAGAAGAUGUCGCCAUGGCCCGGCGGGAGAUCAUUUCUGCAGCAGAACAUUUCUCCAUGAUCCGUGCCUCCCGGAACAAAAACACCGUCUUGAAUGGGACGGUGCCCAGUCCUCCCAACUUGCCUGGGCAGACCACCAUCCAAGUGCGGGUGCCUUACCGCGUGGUUGGCCUGGUGGUGGGACCCAAAGGAGCCACCAUCAAGCGGAUUCAGCAGCAAACGCACACCUACAUUGUCACGCCCAGCCGUGACAAGGAGCCUGUCUUUGAGGUGACUGGCAUGCCAGAGAACGUGGACCGGGCCCGGGAGGAGAUUGAAGCCCACAUUGCCAUGCGCACCGGUGGCAUCAUUGAGCUGACCGACGACAAUGACUUUCAUGCCAACGGCACCGAUGUGGGCUUUGAACUGGGUGGUGGUGCUGGCAGCCUCUGGAGUAAACCCACCCCACCACCUCCUCCACCUCCCCCACCACCGCCUCCUCCUCCACCACCACCACCCUCUGCGCCUCCAACACCUGGCCGCAAACCUUUCUGCAGCUACCGCAACGACAGCUCUAGCUCGCUGGGCAGUGCCUCCACUGACUCCUACUUCGGUUCUGGAGGCAGCGCCCGCUUGGCUGACUUCAGCCCACCCAGUCCAGCCUUGAGCUUCCCUUCGCACAAUGGUGGCAACCACAACCACAAUGGCUACGGUGCCUAUGGGGAGGGCCUCUCCUCACCUGAAGGCUGUGGCUCCUCUGAGCUGCCCGGCUUUGAGUCCCCGCCGGGCUUUGACUUGGCUCCGGCACCUCCACCCACUGCGCCCUUGCUCUGGUCCCAGUUCGAGCGUGGGAGCCCUGCCUCGCCCACUGCACUCGCCUUCCCUGCUGGCAGCGGCAAUGGUGGCCCGCCUCCCCCAAAUGCCAACCUGGCCUUGCUGGCAAGUGGCAGUGGUGGCGGGCAGAGGCGUGGUGCUGGGCCGCCUCCUCCUCCGACACGGAUCUCCCCGCCUCUGCAUGGUGGAGCCGGAAGUGUGGUGUUGGCAGUUGAGCAGCAGCAUCCUUUGGCACGACGGGUGCGGAGCGACCCGGGAGGCCGCCUCAUUGCCGCCGCUGUAGCUGCCGCCGCCGCCGCCGCUGCUGCAGCCUCUUCAUCUUCUUCCUACCCUCUCUAUGCCAACGGGCUGGGUUGCCACUUGCCCGGCUUGCCCUCUGACUCCUCGGCCUCCUCUUCUUCCUCCUCUUCGUCCAGCUCUUCCUCCAGCUCCUCUUGUUCUUCUUCCUCCGGCCUGCGACGGAAAGGCAGCCGCGACUGCUCCAUCUGCUUCGAGAGCGAGGUGAUCGCAGCCCUGGUGCCCUGCGGCCACAAUCUCUUCUGCAUGGAGUGUGCCAACCGGAUUUGUGAGAAGACGGAGCCCCAAUGCCCAGUCUGCCACAGUGCUGUCACCCAGGCCAUCCGCAUCUUCUCCUAGGAAAUCUCUCACUUCAAAAGUCUCAAUCGCUGCAUCUGCACUGCAGAAAUAAUCCGGUUUGACACCAUUUUAAUUGCCAUAGCUUAGUGCUGUAGAAUUCUGGAAACUGUAGUUUGUUGUGGCACUAGAGCUUUGCUAGAUGAGGGUCAGGAGGAAGAAGCUGAUGAGUUGGAGC